CUCCAUGUCUGGCUUCAUCUUGCUCAACAUCGUCAUCGGAGUGCUGAUGGACCAGCUUGAAAAUGCUGAAGACACAGAGAAGGAAAGUCACGACCUGGUGCCCAACGCCAAGGAGCUGAGCGUCCUGGUCUUCAACCGGAUCUACCGCAGGUGGCACUUUCAAGCUCGCAGGUUCGCGAUGCAGGCAGCGUCGCAUCAUCAUCAGGAAGAGUCUCCCCUGAGCCCCUAUCCUGAGCACGCGAGCUAGUCGGGGUCUCGGUCCGAGCACGCCAGCCUAGUCAGGGUCUCGGUCCUACCUUUCAGACUUCUCCUCCUCAACUCUUCAGUCUCUCUCUCCCUCUCAUUUUUCUCCCUCCUGGCCUUGUCAGGCUUCAACGUGCAACUCAACUUGAAGGCUUGUUAGCCAGGGGUUCAAAGUUUUUCCGCCGCGCCGCAUCUCAGCAUUUCAGUUUCCUCACUGCCCAACUUGAAAAUCAAAAAAAAAAUACAAGCAAUGUCUAUGUGAUAGUAGCAGUAAAGCAAUCAUGUUC